AUGGAUCGAAGGCCGGUCUAUAAGAGGACUCUUUCAGAGUCCGAGCUGCUCGAGCAGCUCCCGAGUGAAAUCUCGACUUUCAUUCGGACUGCAUCGGGGACUCAACACCUCCACGCACUUGCGCUUGGCGCAUUAAACAACGAAUUUACAGAGAGCAUUUUCAGGCUCUACGAACCGAUCUUUGUCGAUCUUGCAGCUCGAUGGCUUCAAUCGGAUUUACAUGCAGACUACAUUCACGUAUUAGCGGCAUUUGCGCAGAUUCUACCAUUUGCACCUCAUCUGCGGUCGCUUGCCAGUCAAUAUGCCUCAUCACAGACUGGCCCUUUGGCGGCUCUGGCCGUGUCAAAGGAAUUAACACUGUUGCAGUUGGACCAACCCAGUAUUCGACUAUUACUCCUCGCCCUCUUCCGACUCCUUUCGUUUGAUCUUGAAACCUUCUCUCCCAUUGUUUCACCCCUCCAACUCCAGUCCCUCUUCCAGUCCCAGGACCGAGUUACACGAUACCUUGCCGUGCGAUGCUUUGCCUUAUAUAUGCAUGCCGCAGAUGCGGCCACCGAAAAGAUGAUCCGCGUCAACACUGGAGCCGAAUCGAUCGAGGGAGAGUGGGAAGGCAUUAUGAUUGAUUACCGUCUUCUGGGAUUAUGGGAAGAGCGACGCUGGGAUGCUCUUGGACAGACAAUUCGGAAUGAGAGAUCUUCUAGGGUGGAAUCCGACGUCCUGGCAAUGGUCGAGAGGACACGGGAACAUUUCACCACGAAGACUGCAGAGAUAUGUGGAGUUUUAAUUCCCAGGUUGAAAGAUACCCCUCUGGUCUCUACGUCUGUUGUCAAGACUCCAACCGCAAUUGGAAACCUGCGUCGGAUUGCAGGCUCUUUGCUUGGACACAAGCCCAUCCUGUUGGUUGGUUUGCCUAACUCCGGGAAAACAUCUUUGAUCAACGAGAUUGCCGCCACCAUGGGCCAGGCUGAUUCUAUGGUCACACUUCACCUGAACGAGCAGACAGAUGCAAAGAGUCUUCUCGGCAUGUAUGCCACUUCAUCUGCCUCUGGAUCUUUUUCCUGGCAACCUGGUGUGUUGACCAAAGCUGCCCGCGAAGGCCGCUGGGUCUUGAUUGAAGAUCUCAACCGCGCUCCCUCUGAAGUAAUGGGACUUAUCCUUCCCAUCAUCGAGCGCGGAGAGUUGACCAUCCCCAGUCGGAGGGAGCGUAUCAAGUGUGCCGAGGGCUUCAAGAUCAUCGCAACCAUGAAGUCAUCGUACAAUAUCGCUGGCGAGGAGAUUGCACCAAACAGCUCAAUGCUUGGAAGUAGGCUUUGGGAGAGAGUGCAAGUGAACUCUCUUCCCGUGGAUGAGAUGCGUGAUGUCAUCCUGCAAAAGUUCCCCCUGCUUGAGUCUCGUGUGCCGACCAUCAUGAACGUUUACGGACGCGUGUGCUCUGCGUUCCAUGGAAGCCUUGCCAUCAAAGGCUCCCAGGGUCGUACUCCGGGUUUCCGUGACCUGAUCAAGCUCUGCAGUCGGUUACACAAUCGUCUACAACGUAUGGGUGCGAAGACUGGCUAUGAGCCCACGUCCGAGGGCACCGAGGAUGAGAUAUUCCUUGAUGUUGUUGAUGUGUUCCUCAAGUAUUUGCCCGAGAAGUCGAUGCAGAGCACUCUUGCCGCUGUUGUAGCCGAGGCGCUUCUGAUUUCCCCACAGCGAGCACAGUUUUGUCUUAAUGAACGCACGCCUACUUAUACAGACAAAAAUAACAGCCUUGUUCUUGGCCGUGAGAUUUGCCAAAAGAUCAAAGUACCCAGUGGAUCUGCACUGAAGAAUGCUGCGGCAGCUUCAAGAUUUGCUCCAACAAGAGCGGCCUUGUCACUUAUGGAACAAGUCGCUGCCUCGAUCCAGAUGGCGGAGCCUGUCUUGCUUGUUGGAGAAACCGGUAUUGGAAAAACCACUGUCAUCCAGCAUCUCUCAACCUUGAUGCGCCAAAAGCUUACUGUGGUAAACUUGUCGCAACAGAGUGAAAGCACUGAUCUACUGGGUGGUUUCAAGCCGGUCAACAUUCGUACAAUGGCAGUUCCCAUGUUGGAUGAGUUCACCCAAUUGUUCGAACUAACUUUCUCCGCCAAAAAAAACCAGAAAUUCUUGUCAUCGAUAUCAAAGAGUGCUGCAUCCUCAAAUUGGGUACGAUUGGUGAACUUGUGGCAGGAAGCUGUUCGUCUCGCACAAGGCGUGUUCAACCCCCCGAAUGCCAAUGCCGAGAAUGGGGAUGAGCAACCAACGAAGAAGCGGAAGCUGGAUUCUCCUAAAUACCAGCACUUACGCCAAAGAUGGGAGAGCUUCACUAUCCAGCUCAACGAUUUUGAAGCUCAGGUCGCCCAAGGUGAUGCCAAAUUUGCAUUUGCUUUCGUCCAAGGUAAAAUUGUGAGGGCUUUGAAAAACGGUGAAUGGGUGCUUCUUGACGAGGUGAACUUGGCUUCUCCCGACACCCUUGAGAACAUUGCCAGUCUUCUACACCAUGGCAGUGAGGGCUCACCGUCCGUUCUUCUCUCUGAGGCUGGUGAAGUCGAGAGAGUUUUCGGCCACCCGGAAUUCCGCAUUUUCGGUGCCAUGAACCCUGCAACAGAUGCCGGAAAGAGAGACCUACCACCUGGACUUCGUUCUCGAUUCACCGAAUUCUAUGUGCAUUCACCUGAUACCGAUUUGGAUGAUUUGCUUGCCUUGAUUCAAAAAUACCUCGGUGAUUUAACUAUCAGUGACCCGCGGGCUGUUCCAGACCUUGCACAGCUAUACAUGAUCACCAAAAAGCUUAGCAACGAGAACAAGCUCACAGACGGAGCUGGACAACGACCCCAUUUCAGCAUUCGUACCCUUGUCCGUUCUCUCAUCUAUGUCAUUGACCAUGCCCAUGUCUACGGACUCCGCCGAGCAAUUUUCGAAGGUUUCAGUAUGAGUUUCUUGACCGUGCUUAGCCUGAGCUCUGAGCGAGCUUUGAUCCCCCUGCUCGAAACUCACAUCUUCGGCAAUGCGAAGAACGCAAAGUCUUUGCUCGGCCAAACCCCUCGUCCACCAACUGAUGGACAUGAUUACGUGCAAUUCAAGCAUUACUGGAUGCGCCGUGGUCAUAUGGUCCCGGAGGAGCAACCUCACUACAUUAUUACCCCGUUCAUCGAGAAAAACCUCAAGAACUUGGUUCGAGCCAGCUCAACUCGUCGAUUCCCUGUUCUCCUCCAGGGUCCGACAUCCGCCGGUAAGACAAGUAUGAUCGAGUAUUUGGCGAAGGUAUCUGGAAAUAAAUUUGUGCGAAUCAACAACCACGAGCAUACGGACUUGCAAGAGUAUUUGGGCUCUUACAUUUCCACAGACGAUGGAAGCUUGCGUUAUCAAGAGGGUGUUCUGGUGGAAGCGCUGCGGAACGGUUAUUGGAUUGUGCUGGAUGAGCUUAAUCUGGCACCUUCCGAUGUUCUUGAAGCCCUGAACCGACUCCUUGAUGAUAACCGGGAACUUUUCAUCCCCGAGACACAAGAAGUUGUUCACCCGCACCCGAACUUCAUGCUGUUUGCUACUCAGAACCCCGCUGGUCUAUACGGUGGCCGAAAGGUCUUGUCUCGUGCGUUCAGAAAUCGUUUCCUGGAGCUGCACUUCGAUGAUAUCCCUGAAAGCGAGUUGGAAUUCAUCUUAAAGGAGCGUUCUCAAAUUGCUCCGUCUUUCUGCACUCGAAUUGUCGCUGUUUACCGGAAAUUGUCUUUGCUCCGCCAGUCCAAUCGACUGUUCGAGCAAAAGAACAGUUUUGCAACUCUGCGUGAUCUUUUCAGAUGGGCUCUUCGUGAAGCCGACGAUAAAGAACAGCUUGCAAUUAAUGGUUAUAUGCUUCUCGGCGAACGUGUUCGCAAUCCUCAAGAGAAGGCUGCCGUCAAGACCGUGAUCGAGGAAGUGAUGCGGGUCAAAUUGGACGAGGAUACUUUAUACAGCUCUGCAGAGUUGGAAAAAAAUGCCCCCGAUAUGAGCGAGCUUCCUGCCGGCAUUGUCUGGACUAAGGCCAUGAGACGACUUUUCGUUCUCGUCUCCAAGGCGCUUCGCAACAACGAGCCAGUCCUUCUCGUUGGAGAAACUGGUUGCGGUAAAACCCAGCUUUGUCAGGCCGUAGCAGAAGCCUUCCGAAGGGAGUUGUUCAUUGUCAAUGCCCACGUGAACUUGGAAACUGGUGACUUGAUUGGUGCUCAACGACCUAUCCGAAACCGAGCGGCAAUCGAGAAGCAGCUUGUGGAUGAUCUCCAGAUGCUUCUUCACGGGCAGCAGACUGACGCUUCUUUCGAUGAUUUGAAGCGGGAAUUCACUGCUUUGACUGCGGAGCAGCGUCAAGUCAAGGACCAAAACCUUUUGCGGAAGAUUGAAAAGAACGCUGUUCGUUGCAAUGCCCUGUUUGAAUGGUCUGACGGAAGUCUCAUCACUGCCAUGAAGACUGGCCAGUUCUUCCUACUUGACGAAAUUUCUUUGGCAGAUGACUCCGUUCUUGAAAGAUUAAAUAGUGUUCUGGAACCUGCUAGGUCGAUUCUUCUUGCCGAGAAGGGUCCUGUUGACUCAAUGGUUGUUGCAGAUGGUGGAUUCCAAUUUUUGUCCACUAUGAAUCCUGGUGGCGAUUACGGAAAGCGUGAGCUUUCGGCCGCUCUUCGCAAUCGUAUGACAGAAAUCUGGGCACCCCAAUUGUCCGAAGACGAGGAUAUUCUGCCUAUUCUUUCAAUGAGAUUGGAUUUGAAGGAGGAGAAGGUGGCAAGGUCUAUGUUGCAGUUCGCCAAGUGGUUCAAAACGACUUUCCAAAACACCUCUACCACAUCACUCUCCAUCCGUGAUCUUCUCGCUUGGGUCGAUUUCGUCAACACCUCUCAAAGUGCUGACAUCCAGUUCUCCAUCAUCCAGGGUGCUGCCAUGGUCUUCGUGGAUACCUUGGGUGCUAACCCAGCUGCAAUGCUUGCCAUGUCUCUCAACAAUCUCGAGGGUAAUCGCAAAUCGUGUCUCAAAAAGCUGAGCGAACUGUUCAAUGUCGAUGCUUCCAAGAUCUACGGAGAAUCUGUCAGCGUCUCCGUGGAACCAGGUAUCCUCCGCGUUGGACCAUUCGCCCUACAUGCCGCUGGUGACGCAGACCCUGACCCGCAAUUUACAAUGGACGCUCCAACCACAAUUGCUAACUCCGUGCGAAUCGCUCGUGGCUUGCAAUCCUCAAAGCCUAUCCUCAUGGAAGGAAGUCCAGGUGUGGGAAAGACUACACUUGUGACAGCUUUGGCCAGAGCACUUGGAAAGCCUCUUACUCGAAUCAAUCUUUCUGAACAAACAGAUCUCACGGACUUGUUUGGUUCCGAUGUUCCAGUGGAGGGAGGAGAUGUUGGACAGUUCACAUGGCGUGAUGCGCCAUUCCUACGAGCCAUGCAACGUGGUGACUGGGUUUUGCUGGAUGAAAUGAAUUUGGCCUCGCAAUCUGUUCUUGAGGGUCUUAAUUCCUGUUUGGACCAUCGUCAACAGGUUUAUAUCGCUGAGCUGGACCAGACUUUUAAGAGACACCCCGAUUUCGUUUUGUUUGCAGCCCAGAACCCUCACCACCAGGGUGGAGGCAGAAAGGGUCUUCCUGCGUCUUUCGUCAACCGCUUCACCGUCGUCUAUGCCGACAGCUUCACUGAUGAUGAUUUGAAGACUAUCUGCUCCAGGCUUUUCCCUGGCAGCCCUUCAGUGCAGACGGAGAGACUGGUUGACUUCAUUUCUCUUUUGAACAAAGCCAUCACCAAAGAACGUCGACUGGGCACAAUUGGUGGGCCAUGGGAGGUUAACUUGCGAGACAUCCAGCGAUGGCUUCAACUAGCCGACCGAGGAAACCUGCAGAUCCAGACAAAGCACUUCCUUGACGUCGUGAUCAGCCAACGGUUCAGGAACGAAGAAGACCGUAAUGUUGUCGCCCAAAUCUAUGACCGUAUCUUCACGGAGUCCGAUACUGGCUUUAAGAGCUACUUCCACAACCUCACCCCCGAAUACUUGCAAGUUGGUCUGGGUAUUUUGACCCGUGAUCCUCUGCUGCAGCGCUUGGCCGAACCAAACAUGAGGAUCCUGCCCAAGGACCUUCACAUUGUCGAGUCACUUAUAUUGUGUAUCGACAACUCUUGGCCGAGUAUCCUCGUUGGAGCCGCUGGCUGUGGCAAGACCACUCUCAUCAGAAAGCUGGCAGCUGUCAAUGGUGCCAAUCUUGUAGAGCUGGCUCUGAGUUCCGACACCGAUACCAUGGAUUUGAUUGGUGGUUUCGAACAGAUCGAUCAUCGCCGGGAAGUUUCGGGCUUUGUCCACGACAUCGAGAUCUUUUUACGAAACCAGCUCAUCCACUGCUUUGCCUCAGGGGACGUAUCUGAUGUUGUAAUCUCCGCCCUCCGCAUUUGCGAGCACUUCCAGUCUGUAGAUAUCUCGAUGGAAAACGUUAUCUCUUCGCUUUCCAGCCUUGUUCAAUCUUCUGCCGAUCCAGCCUAUCAACAAUUCCUUGAAAGAGCCCAGAAUCUGUGGAAUGCUAUUCAGCAAUCUGAUAAAAUGAAGGUUGGGUUCGAAUGGACAGAGGGUGUUCUCACUCAGGCUGUUCAACAUGGACACUGGGUGAUUCUUGACAAUGCCAAUCUGUGCAACCCAUCCGUUCUGGAUCGUCUGAACUCCUUAACAGAGCCCAAUGGUACCCUCAUUCUCAAUGAGCAACGGACAGAGGAUGGAUCUGCCAGGAUCAUCACGCCCCAUCCCAACUUCAGACUCUUCUUGACUAUGGAUCCUCGCAAUGGCGAGCUAUCUCGUGCCAUGCGCAAUCGUUGUACAGAGAUCUGUUUCUUGCCAAGCGAAUUGUCUGACAUCAAACCUACCAUCGGUCCAUCAUACACUUGUGAAUCAUUCAUCUAUCGACUACGCCAUAUUUGGAACUUGGACACCUCUUUGCCACCUUCUGUCUUUGAGGAUGCCCUUGAGGUGUGUUUGGAUCAUCUUUCGCCUGCCGAUUUGUCCUACCUCCAGCAGUCGCCAAGCAACUGUGUCGCCAUCCACUCUGAAGCUAGCGGCAAAUCACAACCGUCCAAUGUCUUGGAACGCUAUGCCUCUCUGUUCCAUGACAACAACCAGUGGAAGCCGCUUGAGGUGGCCAGCGGUGAGAUCAUCCUCGGAGGUGCGCAUCUUGGUAUCCGGGGAAUGCUCCAACCUCUUCACCCACUCAUCAACGAGCCACUCCUUUCCAUUGCAGGAACCAGCGAUUUCCGAACCACAUUGGUUGUGCUGGCCUAUCUCCAGGAGUUGAGACUCGAUGUUCAUCGCCUCCGACAAGGUUUGAUCCAGGCAGACGUAUCCGGAAAAGAGUUGAAGCCGAGCCAGAUGACACGAUUGGAGCGAUCACUUGCAUCUCAGCGUAUUCCCGCCUUGAUGAAAGAUACGACUCAGCCUGUCGCCGCCUUCUUGUCUGAUUGUGGCCAAGCUUUGUAUAAUUACAUCCAGUCAUUGGAUCAAAUCGCUAUUCAAGGCCCUAUCAUCGUCGCAGCUCUUCGGGCUGUGAUCUCCCUUUGCUGGGACAUUUACAAGGCAACGGAAGUUAGCCAAGUUGAUGAAGGUGAAUUCCAGGUUUACUUGCAGAUGGGCCGGAAGAUUUGUGGGUCUCUACUUGACUCUUCCCCUCUCCUGGAGCCGCUCCAAAUCGCCUUGUCGCAGGCCCUUGAUCGUUUCCAAGAAGGAUGGGCUCUGACCACUGGUCUUUCUAUGCAGAGAAUCUGGGAUUCGUGGAGACAUGUUACGCCUAUCUCGCAAGAGAAGCUGGACUCUUUGACCGAGCUGGAGUCUACUGUCUUUGAAUUCACCACUUUGGCUUUGCAAACUCGCGUGGAGUUGUCUCAAUUAAGCCAUGUCCGUGAUUCAUUGAUUGAUGCCCAACGAUUCAUUCUUCUGGAUGGUGCCGAUGGUGAUGUGCUUGUUCAAGGCAUCAAGCAGACCGUGGCUGAGCUCUCUCGGGCAGUUCGACGGUCAGAGUCAACCGAGUAUCCAUACUUCGCCCAGGAUUUCGAGGCUCUUUGUCAAUACCAUGAUAUUUCCUCGUUCUUCCAGAACCCAGUCAAUGAUACGGUCAUUCAGACAGUUGUUCCACUUCUGGCUGGUCGUGCGGCUCGCCCGUUGGACGCAUCAAACUUCCAAAGCGAUGUGCCGAAUAUCCUUCACAGGCUCUCAUCGUUCGCGGGUUCUUCCAGCAAAUCGGAGUCUGCGCUUGCUACUGGUGGCAUUGUAUCACUGUCACUUCUGGACAAGCUGUCAGCCAUCGGCGAAACUAAAUUGGGCCAACUCGAUAUGCUCGAAGAAGAGAAAAAGGCUCUGUCUAAGGCCAUCACCCUCAGCAGUAAGCAAAUUGCGACAGAUCAAUCUAUGGACCUCAGACGUACUAUCGCACGACUUACUGCCGAACUGGUGGCUUGUCAUCGGGAGUUCUUUGCUCCUCGCACUGCAGAACAUCUCAUCUCAGUUCUUCAAGCAAUCCAGCAUGGCAACUUGUGCGAAGAUCAGUCACCAAUCACGGUAGAAUUGGAUGCAAGUUUGCCAAGCACGCAUUUCCUCAGGCCUCUUGCUGAGCAGGCUCUGCCAACUCUUGUUGCGUCAUUGAGAACCAACCCAUCGAACCACCAGCAGAGCAUCCAAAGCACCGGACUCGCAACAGUGCAGUUGGCAGUGCUGCUUCUCCGAUUGUUUGUUCCCGACAAGACAUUUGACCCUUCGCUCGGUCUCGUUGUCCAACGCAAGCGUCACUCUCAACGACUUGAAGAAUUCACUGCUAAAUCUGCAGCCAUUCUUGCAUUUGAGAAAAAAUUCACAAGCCAGCUAUCCAAUCUCCGCUCUGAGCUUUUGCACGAUGAGAUCCGUGACCUAGGCGAAUUUGUGAACCUGAUCAACACUGUCCUGAAAAGAGAUCCCGAGCAAAUGAUUCGCGCAGAGAGUUCGGUCGAGUCUCGAAGUAUGAUUCAGCUUCUGCGUGAUAACAUCAAGCAAUUGAGUUGCCGUCUCAGCACCCACUAUAGGUCUUAUGAUGAUAUUACGGUUCCUGUGGUUCGUUUCUUGCAGCUUCUGGAUCUUGGUGUAUUCCUGGCCUCUAGCCAGCCCGAACAGUCCGCUGAUAUACCUGACAUCCAAACUCUGAGCCAGCGGACACCCUUUUUGGGAGGCACUAUUCACCCCGUGCUUGCUCAAAAUGAUGGACAGCUGCCUGGUUCACUCAAAAACGCGACUGAAAUGCGACUCCAGGAGUUGUCCGCUCUUUGGGCCGCUCAAGAUGCGGAUUCAUCCAUUCUGGAAACAAGUGCUGGACGAGGAAUUGUACAACGCAUCUUCGCCGACUUCCAUCAACUGUGGAAAAACAAGCUCAAGCAAGACCAGGAGGAAGAAGCUGAAAAGGGAGAGCUAUACCAUUUCAAGGGAUCAUGGGAAGAGGAAGAAGAAGUUAAUGAAGCCGAACUUAACGCACUUUUCCCUACAUUCGAAGAAGAGACUCUUCAAGGCGCCGAAAAGGUCGACCGCAUUGAUCCCAAAGCUAUCGCUAUCCGUCUUGCUUCUCUUCAUGCAAAGAUUGUUUCAAACGAACGCACUGGAAACGCAUUAAAUACACUUAUCAAGCAAUCUGGCAACCUUCUUGGUUCAAUUUGGUCUGAUAACGAGGCUUCAUUCUCGCCCAUGUCUCCACAAAACCAUCUUCCUGCAGUUCUACUGCUUUUGGAUGAUGCCAUCAACGAGGGAACUGUUGAUCGCCAAAAGAAUUAUAACUUCUACACUGAUUCGAACUUUGGCGAGGCUAGAAAACUGGUCUCCAUCACACUUGCUGUCCAAGCUCGCUUUGCUCAAAUCCAAACGGCCUGGCCUGAGCACGCUGUACUUGCUGAUGUCCUUUCAUUCUGCAUGGAGAUUCUCCAAUUUAGGCACACUGAGCCUGUCGCCAAGUUUAUGACGAAAGUUGAGAAGCUUCAUUCUUUGAUCCACGAGUGGCAGACUGUAGCUAGCAGAGAAUAUUCAGCUGUUGGCGUUUUUGAUGACAUCACAGCUAUUCUCAUCAGUUGGCGCCGCCUUGAGCUGUCAACCUGGGCCAAGCUCUUGGAUAUUGAGAAAGAGAAGUGCGAGGAUGACGUUAGUGCCUGGUGGUUCAUCGCCUACGAGGCUCUAAUUGGCGCUCCUAUUAUGAUGGUGGAGGCGGGUGAGCAGGACCUGAGUGAACACACCCAAAACAUGGUUAUCACUCUGGAACAAUUCUUCAAGUCUACAACUAUGGGUCAGUUCGCUCGCCGUCUGCAGCUAGUUGCCAACUUCCAAGCUUUGCUUGAAGUCUUCAGCAAAGAUUAUCCAUGCCUCAAGCAGAUUGUCUCUGCAUUGGACAAUUUCCUCCACCACUACCGACCAUUCCAACCUGGAGUGGACAAGGUACUCAACGAGAAGCGUGCUGCUCUUGAAAAGAAUAUCAAGGAGCAGAUUCAGCUGGCUAGCUGGAAAGACGUCAACAUUGCAGCUUUGAGGGACAGCGCCAAAAGGUCCCACCUCAAGUUGUUCAAGGUGGUCCGCAAGUACCGCGCCGCCCUUGGCCAGUCAGCGCAGUCAGUUCUCGAAUCUGGCCUUCCAGAAAGCACUGAGGAGAUUACUUCAAUUUCCCAGGCGGAGCCAGUCAGACCUACUGCGGUAUUCCCCGAGGCGAUGGCCAUCUGUCAAAAUGACAAGGCCUUGUGGUCUACCAGGGCGCUCAGAUUCCAGAAGCCGGAUGGCACAGCCAACAACAUGAUGAACCUCUAUUCGGCGAUUCCAGCCGAGUUUGAUAUUGCCAAGGAUCUUGACACUUUCAUCGUAUCCGUGAUUGAGAGCAUGAAGGAAUUCAAGUCCCAGACUCCCAAGGUCUUGAACGAAGACAACAAGGAAGACGUUCAGCACCUUAAGUCGCAAAAGCGUCGUCUCUAUGCCGAAACCUUAAAGCAGCUUUACGAGAUGGGCGUGAAGCGUAACGCUGGAACUAGCGUGAUUGAAACUCAAGCAACUGUUCCGCAGGUUCUUGCCACCAGCGCUGCUUUCGAAGCUGGCGCUGCUACCUCAAGUGCAGUCCAGAGCGCCGAUUGGUAUUUCCAUAGACUUUUGGAUCUCCUUCCCAAAACCCGUCUGGCUGCGCGCAACUACUCUGAGGAGCUCAGCAAUGUCGAAGUCUUCAGAAGUAUGGGCUCUAUCGAGCAUCUUCUUUUCACAAUUCGUCGCCAGAGAGGGAUCAUUUCCCCUGCUCUCAAUGGCCUGGGCAGCUUGAAGUCUACGCUUGACAAGGUGCAGAACCUUUGGACAGCAACUUCCGCCUCUCUGACCCAAGACCAUGCUUCUGCACCUGAAGAGCGUGCCGAUCUGGCCAGAGUCGUGGCUUGGUUGGCUCCUAUUCUUGGACUGGCUGCGAUGAUCGUCGGGGUGCAUGCCAAGUUCUCCGGAAUCGAUGCAUCCAAGCUCAUUGAAGAAUUGCGCGCUAAGAAGGCAUCCUUUGAUGGCCUGCGCAAGUCAUACGAAGCUCUUCCCGUGCUUCCCACCCGAAUUGCAUCCAACACGCACCUUGAAAUCGCGCAGCAGACGCAAUCAUCUCUCCAGGAGUUGGCCGCUGAUUUGGAGAAGUGGACUGUGGCCCGCCCUGACCUUUCCUUCGCGUUGGGUCAAAUCACACCUUGGGUCAAGACAAACAUGGCUGCUCACCCACAAGUCAAUGAACACAGCCUGUCUAUCCAAGCCUUUGACAGCAGCCUUUUGACCGCCAUCGAUAAAAUGCUGAUUGGUCUCCAGAAGCUCAAGGAUGUGCCCUCUGCUAUCACCUUUGACGGACUGUUGUCGCGAAGUGAUGAGUUCUUCUCUCGCGGUCUCAAGGCCGUCCAUCUUACUGAGAUCACCGCCGCAUUGGAGUCUGUCCUAGAUCAAUUGCACCGCCUGCAAGAUCACUCUGCCGGUGGCCUCUCUAUUGCUGCUGCACUCGUCACCAGUAUCUUGCCUAUCGCCAACAGAUAUUACCAAAUCUGCCGAGACCUGGCUGACCGGUUCGUUGCGGUCCACCGCGAGCUCUGUAAGACAUCUUACAUCUUGACCAAAACCUUCAAUACAGUCGCCUCCGAAGGCUUCUGUAGCCCUGCCGAGGCCUCCCAAGAUCAAGGCAAGGAGGGACAAAUGGAAAGCGGGACUGGUCUGGGUGACGGAGAGGGUGCGGAGGAUAUCAGCAAGGAUGUCGGUGAUGACGAAGAUCUCUCCGAGCUUGCACAGCAAGAGAACAAGAAGGAGGACGGUGACGACGAGAUGGAUGAUUCCAAGGAUGCCGUCAACAUGGAUCAAGAAGAACUGGAAGGUGACGCUGAAGAUCGCAAAGAGGGCGAUGAGGAAGAAGAUGAUGAUGAAAGCGGCGAUGAAGGUGAUGAUGACAUUGACGAAGAGACGGGUAGCGUCGACGACCUCGACCCAGGUGCCGUGGACGAAAAGCUCUGGGACGGCGGUAAUGAUGAACAGCAGAAAGAUACCGAGAACGAGGAAGGAAAGGGCCAGUCGGAGGCCGAACAACAGGCUGCUGCUCAGGAAGAGAAGAACGACAAGGACGGUGAAGAUGGCGAGGAAAAACCAAAGGAGGGUGAGGAAGAGGAAGAAACAGAAGACGAGGAGGCCCCUGAAGAUGAGGGCGAGGCAGUUGGCCGCGAAGAAAUGGAUGUCACCGAUCCUCAAGCCAAAGAAGAAGAAACUCUUGAGCUUCCCGAGGAAAUGCAGCUUGAUGAUGACAAUGGCAAGUCUGACAAUGGCGAUGAAGAUGACGAUGGAAUGGACGAUCUUGACGACGACUUCGGUCCUGCUCCUGAGGAGGAAGGAAAGGUUGAAGACGGCGAUGAAAAUGCCGGAGAAGACGGCGAGGCCGCCCCAGAAGAUCAAGGUCCAGGCGACGAAGAUGAAGAGAUGGCAGAUGACGCUGAGGAAACCAACGAAGGCGAAGCUGCAGACGAGCAAGAGGAGGAAGCUGGUGGCGAGGAUCCUGAAGAGCCUGAGCAAGAUGACUUCCUCGCACAGCGCGAUGAGAAUGAAGCCGAGGGCGACAACGUUGCUCCUAGCGAGGCUGUCACCGGUGGACUUGGUGCCGAGCAGGAUCAGAACGAAGAAAAGGGUGCAUCUGGCGAUGCUCAACAGGAGAGUGGCUCGACUGAUCCCAGUGCCAAUGUCGACGAUCAGACAGGCGCUGCCAAGGACAGCGAGGAGAGCAAGCCCAGUCGAGACGCUGGUGGUGGCGAAGAAAACAAGCCAGACGAGCCUCAGAUGCAGGCAUUCAAGAAGCUCGGCGAUAUUCUCGAGCAAUGGCACCGCCGUCAGAAGGAGAUCCUCAAUCCGUCCCAAGAGGAGGAGGAUACCCAGGCUAUGCCUGAAGACACCGACAUGGCCGAUGCAGACUUCGAGCACCUUAAGGACGACGAUGAUGCUGCAGAUACCCAGGCCCUUGGUCAAGCAAACGACGAUCAAACGCAAGCCCUCGACCAAAGCAAGGGCGUGGAAUCCGACAUCAAGCCCGGUGAAAACGAUGCUCUUCCCGACGUCACGGAAGACCAGCAAGAGGACGUCGACAACCAACUCGAGGACGAAAUGCAAAUCGACCGCGAGCGUGCCCCUGCCGACGGCGAAUCAUCCGGCGCCUUCAUCCCUGGUGGACAAUCAUCCCACGAACGCGCAGAUGAUGCCCAGGCCACCGAAGCACUGAACGAGGAGCUCGACGAAGUCGACACCCAACUCGCCGCAAUCCACCUCUCCUCUUCGCUUCCCCCAUUGACGCCGCAAGACGAAGCCCGUCGCCUCUGGUCGCACUACGAGUCCGCGACCAACGACCUCUCCCUCUCGCUGACAGAACAACUCCGUCUCAUCCUCGCCCCUACGAUGGCCACCAAGCUGCGCGGUGACUUCCGCACCGGAAAACGCCUGAACAUCAAGCGCAUCAUCCCCUACAUCGCAUCCCAGUACAAGCGCGACAAGAUCUGGAUGCGUCGCUCCAUCCCCUCUAAGCGAAACUAUCAGAUUAUGCUCGCUGUCGAUGACAGCAAGUCCAUGCUGGAGAGCGGUAGUGGACAGCUUGCAUUCGAGACUCUGGCGCUUGUCGCUAAGAGUCUGAGCAUGUUGGAAGCGGGCGAUCUGUGUGUUCUUGGCUUCGGUGACGAAGACCACGUUCGUGUUGCCCAUGAGUUCGGAAAGCCCUUCUCCUCUGAGGCGGGCUCCCAGGUCUUCCAGCACUUCAGCUACCAGCAAACCGGUACGAAUGUGCGCAAGCUGAUUGCGGACUCGAUUGCUCUGUUCCGGGAAGCUCGCUGGAAGCGCUCGCCUGGUUCUGGAUCUGCGGAUCUCUGGCAGCUGCAGUUGAUUAUCUCUGAUGGUAUCUGUGAAGAUCAUGAUACUAUCCGUCGUCUUGUGAGAACUGCACUUGAAGAACGCAUCAUGGUUGUCUUUAUCAUUGUUGAUGCUGUUAAGGGUAGCUCUAUCCUUGACCUCUCGCAGGCUAACUUUGAGGCCGAUCCUGAUUCUGGUGGUGAGAUGAAGCUCAAGAUGAAGCGCUACCUUGAAGAUUUCCCCUUCCCUUACUACCUUGUCGUUCGGGACGUGAGGGAGUUGCCCUCUGUCUUGGCUACUGCUCUGAAGCAGUGGUUUGCAGAAGUUGUGGAUGUGUCAUCUUGA